AUGUGGAUGGGGGUGCGCGCCAUCCCCGCGAGGCCGGGCGCGCCCGGGGCGGCGUGGCGGGGGCGGCGGGGCGGCGCGGGGGCGGCGGCGGCCCCGGGCGGCAUCCCCUCGGGCAUCGAGGCGCGACUGCCCGGCCUCAACGCCAGCCUGCUCGCCAAGGACGGCAUCUGGCAGAUCGUCUCCGGCACCAGGUUCAAGUUCUUCGUGUUCUCCGCCUUCUACGACCGGCGCGAGGUCCGCACGGUGCGCAUCAUCGCCGCCACCAAGACGCGCGGCCCGGACCGCGUGUGGUGCCGCCUGUGGUACAACGGCUCGGCGCCCGGCCCCGGUCCCGCCCACGCCCAGGGCAACGCCUCCACCGCCUCCAGCGCCGCCAAGCCCUACUCCGUCACCGUCGCCGCCAAGGUCAAGAAGCUGGCCGCGCCCAGCGCCGUGUCGGUGGUGAGCUGGCUGCGCCUGCCGCCGGCCAACCUGCUCGUCGUGCGCAACACCGACGCCGACCUGGCGGCGCGCAACCUCACGGCCGGGCCCCUGGGCGGGGAUCCCCCGCCGCAGCCCGCGCCCAACCCCAAGGCCAGUGCUGCCAACGCCGCGCCCCCCGUCAGCAGCGUCGCGCACGUGCCCGACACCAUCGCCGUCUGCGUCAAGCCGCUGCACUUCAACUACAACCAGCACUUCACGCUGUACAACCACACGCUGGGCGCGCAGGUGUCGUGCGUGCUGCGCGACUACAUGGCGCGCGGCGUGGUCACGCUGCUGCCGUGGCAGCUCAACAUGCUGUCGCAGAAGGAGAUCCGCACCGAGGGCCUGUUCGCCGCGCUCAACGACUGCCUGUACCGCAGCAUGUACCAGUACGCGUACACCGCGCUCAUCGACCUCGACGAGUACAUCAUCCCGCGCAACCACGACACGCUGCCGGAGCUCGUCAAGUGGAUGGGCACGCGCAUGAACACGCGCGGCACGGGCUCCUACUCCUUCCAGAACGCCUUCUUCUACCUGCAGUGGGAGGACGACGCCGGGCUGGGCGAGGCGGACCGCCUGGAAAGCGGGCUGGUGACGCUGCGCAAGACGCGGCGCCGCCUCAAGCUGCACCCGCACAAGCAGCGCUCCAAGUACCUGUGCCGGCCCGAGUUCAUCGUGGAGGCGGGCAACCACUUCGUGUGGGAGUUCGUGCCGGGCCACGGGACGCUCAACGUGCCGCCCGACGCCGCCAUCCUCCACCACUACCGCGUGUGCGAGUUCGGCGGCGACGACUGCAUCAAGACGGCGUCCGUGGUGGACAAGACGGCGUACCGCUACCGCGAGCGCUCUGGCCAGCGCGUGCGGCAGCGGCUAACGGAGCUACAGCUGCUGCUGGCGACCUGCCGCCGCUGGUGGACGAACGCCGCUCAACGCCGCGCGCCCACGCCCGCCGCCCCCGCCGCUCCCCGCGCAGCCAACGACUCCCACGACCACGACGACCACAAACCAAACGCGGCCGCGAGCUGAGCUAGCGACGCACGCUGUGAUCGCUCGGGUCGCCGCCUCCCACACCGGUGCGUGACAGCGCCUCCGUCGCGGCGCUCCGGCCCCCGCCCCGCACGAGGCGCGCGGCGCCGCAGCCGAGCCUCCCUCCCGCUCCGUCCAGGCGAGGACCAGGCAGCGGCCGGACGCCCGAGCCACCGCGGCGCGUAGGAAGAGAUCUAGUCAACCUCCGAUAUCUAGUCACGAUCCUGUUUUUAAUUACUCUCGACAUGCUCGUUUAGCUCGUUGGCGAAGUGAGAAAGGGUUGACAAUAAUACCAGUAGGAAUGAACUAGACGAGAGAGAGAUAGAGUAGGAAGGACAUCAACAAAAAAAUGUUUACGUUUUAGCGCGUCGUCAUUUUAAGACUGAUACCUCCAGGAGAACAGCGAAUCUCGUUGUUGAACUGCGACCGAAAGAAUUCGGAGUUGAAGCCUAAUUGUGGUCUUUCUUUUCUGCGCAUGCUUUCAUAUCAUGGGGCCAGAUCAGUGAAUAUCAUGACAGUUCCUGAAAUCAGGACCUAAUAAUACAUAUUCCACUUUCUGUCAACACGUCUCCAACUAUUCGUUGGUUAACUGUGGGUAAUCAACUCCUGUUGGCCUAAUAUAUCAAAGAGCCCACAAUCACGUCAUCUUUUGACGCACACUACCUAGCCACAAAUGGGUAUUUAUCAAAUCCAUUUUCACCUUAAUGCACGUAACCAAAUGCUCUUUUACAAGUAUUAUAUUUUUGACAUCAAUGCAGUACCUUUUUAAACACCGAUGCACUGCAAUAUGAAGGAAGAUAUUGAGUAUUUGAAAACAAGAUAUUUCGUGUCACAAAACAUCAAAACAUUUCAUUGCCAAAAACCCUCCAAAUUGUCAAUUUAUACAUAGUUUUGGCAAUAGUCUUCCAAAAAUAUUAUUCUGAAAGUUGCGUAAGAUCAUUUCAGAUGAUGUAAUCAGAUUUAUCACAGGAUUUGCAUUUAAAACGAAGUCUACAAAUAAAAACUGGUCCUAACUGUGAUUGUGUUUUUGAACAGGACCAAAUAACCCGAUAAAAAUAAAUGUCGAAAAGCAUUUUAAAUGAUAGGGAAGACCAUGCAUAUUUAAAAGAAACAAAAUCACAGACUCCAAGUAGGGGAUUGUACUCAAUAUAUGAAUUUGUAUAUACAUACUAAAAUAAAUACAUCCAAGUAACCGCAAAUUAACGUGUCAGUGUUCUAAAUGAAAUGGUAAUACAAUUGAAAGUUCUUUUUCUCGUCGAAUGUGUGAUUUAAUUCACAAAUGAACUAUGAACAAAUUGUGAGCAACUUAUGAAAGUGUUACACAAAUUUUAGUGGUCUUGGUAAAGAGAUCUCAAUGAAUGGAAGUCUUGACUGAAAUAUGGAAUGGUCAUUUAAUAUUCACGCAAUAUAAUAUCUCUUCACCCCUUAAGAUUAUGGCACAAGUGCCCAUUUUUACUUUGUGAUGUGAGAAACACAAUUACACAUACACGUACUAUAACAAUAUCGUAAACAUGUAGUUAUUUUCAGCAAUAUAGGGAGAUCUAUUAAAACCUGCUUCAUCACAGAAAUGAAACAAACAUUCUGAGAGAAAAUGAAAGUUGUGUGCUGAUACUCCGAAAAUAAGUAAAGGGGAAGCAGUAGUAUUAACAGGAUUUUUCAAUCAAAGAAAUACUCAGACGUAUCUUUUUGCAUGACCCCAAGUAUAUUAUAAUUUUAUGUAAACAUUUUUUUGCAACAAGAAUUAAUACUAAAGAAUUUUUCCCUAGCUUGUUAAGCGUGAACCAGUAAAAAAUAUUUUUUUGUAAAUAUAAAAAUUAAUAUUAAAAUAAAAUUGACCCUACUUAUCCCUCAUAUUUUAUUUUGAAAGAAUUUGACGUCUUUCUAAGAAAAAUAACACAAAGCACAAAUCAAAGACACAAGCCUCAAGCAUUUGCUCCAGCGACAAACAAUGUAUGAGUGCCGAAAGAAGAUUGAAUUGCCACCGAGUGUCCAAGUAACAGCAAACAAUUUUAUUCCGACACGUAAAAAACUUUUUCAUGUAUGAAAUACUCCUGUUCGCGCGUGUGUGAGAAAUAACGAGUGGAUUAUAUUACAUCUCAUGUUGCCAAGUUAUUUUUCUUUUACAUACAUGUAAUGGAAAUGCUGAGUUCAUGUAAAAGGUAUGCUCAAUUGUCCAAGAAAUUACUUUAAUUUAGUUUACUUUUGCAUUGGAAAGAAAUUAUUUUAUAUGAAAUGUAUUUAACAUAUAUGCCAACGAAACGCUGUUAUAAAUUAAUGUGAAGUGAUCACAUUAUUAUAAAUAGACCAAUAUAACUGUGUGCUAAGUUGGUAUAAUGAAGUCAGGCCCAAAUGUUCUUUUCAAAGUGAAAAACUUUUAUAUGUACGUUUUCUUAAGAUGAAGCUCCAUUGUUGCCUAAUGAAUAAAGUAAUUUUCAGGGA